AAAGUUUUAGCGCCCCCCCCCCCUUUUUUUUUUUUUUUAAGUACGUACUGUUACAUUUUUAUUUUAUGACUUCUACAUUAUUGAGUCAGUACAAAAACAUUUUAGAUGCCAAACAUUAGUUUUCCAGCACAAAAUGAAAUGUUACGGAAAAUUUUUUUGUAUGUCAGUAAAGAAAGCAUAAGAUUACAUAAGAGACACUUUUCAGACAAAAAACACAAUGAAGGCUGCUGGAUUUUGCUGCAAAAAUAAGAAGCGAUUGCGACAGUCAAAGUCUCCAGAAGAACCGUGUCUGAUUCUGCAAGAUGCUCAAUAAAACUUGCAGCUCAUUUCCUUAUAAAACUGCACUAAUUCUACCUGAGAAUACUAUUUUAUUUUAUUUUUUAAAGAAAAGUGUUGUCACACCAAAUAUUGACUUUUUUAAUCGAUUUAUUACCAUUUACUGCUCUUAUAUAUAUUUAUUUGUUUGUUUGUUGAUGUAAUUUCCACUGAAACAGGAUGUCAGGGCGGGACACAUUAAUUGGCUCAUCCCCCUUUUUUAAAUAGCCAAUAGUGUUCAGCUUACCUCACAGCAAGGGCUUUUAGUUAGUAGCAUGGUUUUUUAUAAUGUUGGGGGGCGGGACACUUCAGAUUCUAGAUGCCGUUUAAUUGGACAGAAAAUCUGAUGAGGAGCUGAAUUGCAGAAUGAUGUCAUCAAAAUUGUUGCUCCAUAGUGGUGGAAAAGAGAGACUGUCAAUUUUUAAUGCAUAUAUCUUCUAAAUGCUAAUUUUGUCGUUAUUUCGAGCGCACUAGCUUAUAGAUAACCUUAAGGCUAAUAUAUUCAUGCUAAAAGACACAAAAUUUAGAACUAUUUUCAUUUCAUGGGGACUUUAAUGAGCAAUCCUGAGGUGACAGGACAAACACCCUGAGAGGACUCAAAAUGAUACCCUGUUCUGGGUGACACUGGGUAGUGGGAUUAUAAAUGAUCACUCUUCCACAUUUGUUACAUUACUGUACACUCAGUGUUACGUGCACUGAAAAGGAUGUUCAGUACCAGCACGCUGAGACUUUAUGAUCACAGCAGCAGUUGUUAGUCUACAGCAUCCAGUGAGAUCAUGUGGAACCAUCCACAACAGCAGUGAGUAAGGCAGAAAUGCACUAGUAAUGUGUCCUUCAUGGACGAUUCGUUCAUUUUGAGCGAAUCUUUAAUAUGACUCGGGAACAACGAGUUGUCUCGGAGUGAUUCGUUCAUUUUGUGUUGACCGUGCACGCGCUGCAACAUCCGCAUAGGUUCUGUACAGGAAACAGAAAUGAUUACUGCAGCUCUCGAGUCUUCGGGUUCGAGUUGUUCGUUCAUCAUGUCACAGUCCCACUGCAUUCAGCCUCUGGAGCUGUGACGUGAUGAACGAACGACUCGAACCCUAAGUCUCGAGAGGUGAUCUAAUCAUUUCAUUUCCGGGGAACAGAUGUGACAAAUUUGAUGUGAUGAAAGAAAGAAUGACUCGGAUGGGGAUGUGAGGUGAACUAACAGACUGCAUAAAUGGUAAGUGGUUUGCACUUAUAUAGCGCUUUUAUCCAAAGCGCUUUACACUGUGUUUCAUUGACCCAUUCACACUCACACACCAAUGGUAGCAGAGCUGCCAUGCAAGGUGCUAACUUGCCAUCUGGAGGAACUUGGGGUUCAGUGUCUUGCCCAAGGACACUUCGGCAUGUGGAGUCAUGUGGGCCGGGAAUCGAACCGCUGACCCUACGAUUAGUGGAUUAGCUCUACCACCUGAGACACAGCUGCCACAGCAUAACCUUAAGACCUAAUAUUAAGCAAUUAAUUAAUCGUUUCUGUUUCUCAUAAAAUGGCCUCGGCUGCAUUAGCCUAUAGAUUAUUUUUUUUAUUCCAAAUGUGAUCGUUUGCCUAAGUACUAGAUGUGUUGGGGAAUUGAGCAUGUAACAUUUUAAUUAUAUUCCGCUGAAAUUAACGAAAUGACUCGGAGGGGGGGUUCAUUCAUUUUACUGAACGAGAUUCAAAGAGCCGAGUCAGUAAAAUGAUCCGAACUUCCCGUCACUAGUUGCGCGAGUCCCAACACGAAGUGUUCCUAGCUCCGCCCUCUGGUCUCUCAGCCAAUCAGCGGCGUCGAGCGCCCUCACAGCCACAGCGCGCGCGUUCAGCGCUGUCUCUUUAAGGAGCUGUCAAAUCUGAUUAAAUCCGAUCCUGAAACCCAUGUUGUCUCUGCGUUUAUCUGUGCUGUAGCGCACGCGCGCACUCCUUUUUUUUUUUCUUUUCUUCCUUUCUUUCUUUUCUUUUUUUUUUUUUUUUAAAUUCGCGUUUCUCAUUCGCUCUGUAAACACUUCUGACAUGGAUCAGACCGCAAACUCCUUCGGAUAAAGUCGCCUAGGAACUCGGAUCCGAGGAGCGCAGACAGGCAAAGAGACGCAAAGAGAGGCUCGAAGUUGUCCUGUGCGCGUGUGCUCAGUGCGCACACGCGCACACCUGGAGUGGGGGAGAAAUAAACGGUCCAAAGCAUCGAGACGGGUAUGGUGCUGAAGAGCAGGUGAGAGCGGAGCAGAACCGAGACGGAAAAUGCAGAAGAGCGUUCGCUACAAUGAGGGACACGCACUGUUUCUGUCCGUGGUGGCGCGCAAAGAGGGCACCAAGCGCGGCUACCUCAGCAAGAAGACGACGGAAAACAGCAAGUGGCACGAGAAGUUUUUCGCCCUCUACCAAAACGUGCUCUUCUACUUCGACUCUGAGCAAAGUGCUCGACCCUCGGGCAUUUAUCUCCUGGAGGGCUGCACAUGUGAACGAGUCCCGGCGCCUAAAGUGUCCACCGGAGGCAAGGAGACCCUGGAUAAACAGCACUAUUUCCUCAUUGUGUUCGGCCAUGAUGGCCAGAAGCCUCUGGAGCUCCGUGCUGAUGAGGAAGCAGAGUGUGAUGAAUGGGUGGAGACCAUCCAACAAGCCAGCUAUUCAGACAUUAUCAUCGAGCGGGAAGUGCUCAUGCAGAAAUACAUCCACCUGGUGCAGAUUGUGGAGACGGAGAAGGUGGCAGCCAAUCAGCUGCGCACCCAGCUGGAGGACCAGGACACCGAGAUUGAGAGACUCAAAUCAGAGAUUGUAGCCUUGAACAAAACCAAGGAGAGGAUGCGGCCUUACCAAGUGAACCAAGAGGAAGACGAUCCAGACAUCAAGAAGAUUAAAAAGGUCCAGAGUUUCAUGCGAGGCUGGCUGUGUCGGAGGAAGUGGAAGAUCAUUGUUCAGGACUACAUCUGCUCUCCUCAUGCCGAGAGCAUGAGGAAGAGAAACCAGAUUGUCUUUAACAUGGUGGAGGCUGAGACCGAGUAUGUCCACCAGCUGUCGAUCCUGGUAAACUGCUUCCUCAGGCCACUCCGCAUGGCUGCUAGCUCUAAAAAACCUCCCAUUAGCCAUGAUGACGUCAGCAGCAUCUUCCUCAACAGUGAAACAAUCAUGUUUUUGCACGAGAUAUUCCACCAAGGCUUGAAGGCAAGGAUAGCAAACUGGCCCACACUGGUUUUAGCUGAUCUCUUCGACAUUUUGCUGCCUAUGCUGAACAUCUACCAGGAGUUUGUACGGAACCACCAGUACAGCCUGCAGGUUUUAGCGAACUGUAAACAGAACAGGGAUUUUGACAAGCUGCUGAAACAAUACGAGUCCAAUGCUGCGUGUGAGGGAAGGAUGCUAGAAACCUUCCUCACAUAUCCCAUGUUUCAGAUCCCACGCUAUAUUAUAUCUCUACAUGAACUCUUGGCUCAUACGCCGCACGAGCAUGUAGAGCGGAAGAGUCUGGAGUUUGCCAAGUCGAAGCUUGAAGAGCUGUCCAGGGUCAUGCAUGAUGAGGUGAGUGACACAGAGAACAUCCGCAAGAACCUGGCUAUCGAGCGCAUGAUUGUAGAAGGUUGUGACAUCCUCCUCGACACCAGUCAGACGUUUGUGAGACAAGGCUCUUUGAUCCAGCUCCCCUCAGUGGAGAGGGGGAAGCUCAGCAAGGUACGACUGGGUUCUCUCUCUCUGAAGAAAGAAGGAGACAGGCAGUGCUUCCUGUUCACCAAGCAUUUCCUCAUCUGUACCCGUAGCUCAGGAGGCAAGCUGCACCUGCUCAAACAAGGUGGCGUACUAUCCCUGAUCGAGUGCACCCUCAUCGAGGAACCCGACGCCAAUGAUGAAGACUCUAAGACCUCAGGGCAGGUGUUUGGCCAUCUGGACUUUAAGAUCGUGGUGGAACCUGCAGACACUCCUGCAUUUACAGUGGUGCUUCUGGCUCCAUCACGCCAGGAGAAGGCAGCCUGGACCAGCGACAUCAGCCAGUGUAUUGAUAAUAUCCGCUGUAAUGGCCUGAUGACCAGUGUGUUUGAAGAGAACUCCAAAGUUACUGUGCCGCACAUGAUCAAAUCUGAUGCGCGUCUCCAUAAAGACGAUGUUGACAUUUGCUUCAGCAAGACGCUCAACUCCUGCAAGGUUCCCCAGAUCCGCUAUGCCAGCGUUGAGCGGCUGCUGGAGAGGCUGACAGACCUGCGCUUCCUAUCUAUCGACUUCCUUAACACCUUCCUGCACACCUAUCGCAUCUUUACCUCCGCUGCUGUGGUCAUGGACAAGCUGGCGGACAUCUAUAAGAAGCCCUUCACCUCCAUUCCAGUCAGGAUCCAGUAUCCCUCAUUCGAUCGCUUGUCUAUCACAUCCUUCUGUCCAGAUUACAGCUUGAAGAUGAGGAAGAUAGCCAUGGACCAAUCAAAGUCCCUGGAGCUUUUCUUCGCUACCAACCAGAACAACCGCUCCAGCAGCACGGGCAGUGAGCAUCCAAACGAGAAAUCUCCUCGCCUGCGCCGGAAAUUCUCCUCGCCUCCUCCUCUCUCCAUCCCCUCACGCACGUCCUCUCCUGUGCGAGCCCGUAAGCUCUCCCUCAACUCUCCGCUCGGCUUCAGGGUGGCUGCACUGGACCUCUCCAUCCCUAUCUCCUCCUCCGCCACCAACAGCCCCACCUCAGCUAACCCCUGCAUCUCGCCUCCUCCCUCCUCCAACAUCAAGUCUCCUCAGGAUCCUUCACCUGAGCAGAGUCCUGGCGCCAAUGAUGACGGUGCAGACACACCACGCAUCGACGCGCUCUCUGGAAAACUGCGCCGUAGCAUUCGGAGGGCUGUCCUAGAAUCAGCUUCAAUGGAGAAGUUCAUUCCUGAGUCACCACAAGGCAGUGAAGCUGGAGAUCUCUCGCCCUGCAGGUCGCCGUCUACACCACGACACAUGCGCUUCAGAGGUCCUGGAGUCCCAGCAGUAGAGAACUCGCGCUGUUCAGUGUCUCCAGCUUCAGCCUUCGCUAUUGCAACGGCCGCCGCUGGCCACAGCAGCCCUCCAGUUUUCAACAACUCUGAGAGAAUGUGUGACAAAGAGUUCAUCAUCCGAAGAGCAGCCACUAACCGGGUUCUGAAUGUCCUGCGCCACUGGGUCUCCAAACACUCCCAGGACUUUGAGCUGAAUAGAGAGUUGAAGAUGGGCGUGAUGAUCCUCCUGGAAGAGGUGCUGAGAGAUCCUGACCUGCUCCCUCAGGAGAGGAAAGCCACCGCAAACAUACUGAAUGCUCUUUCACAAGAUGACCAGGACGAUGCUCAGCUGAAGAUAGAGGACAUUCUGCAGAUGGCUGAAUUCCCAAAGGCAGAGUGCUUUGAAUCACUAUCAGCAAUGGAGAUAGCUGAGCAGAUCACACUGCUAGACCACAUCAUUUUUCGAAGCAUCCCUUAUGAGGAGUUUCUGGGCCAAGGCUGGAUGAAGAUGGACAAGAAUGAAAGAACUCCGUACAUCAUGAAGACCAGCCAACAUUUCAAUGAUAUGAGUAACCUGGUAGCCUCGCAGAUUAUGAGCCACACAGAUGUAGGCUCCAGGUCGAGCUCCAUAGAGAAAUGGGUGGCCGUAGCCGAUAUAUGCCGCUGUCUGAACAAUUACAACGGCGUACUGGAGAUCACCUCUGCCCUGAACCGCAGUGCCAUCUACAGGCUGAAAAAAACCUGGGCUAAAAUCAGUAAACAGACGAGAGCGCUCAUGGAUAAGCUCCAGAAGACGGUGUCAUCAGAGGGACGAUUUAAAAACCUGAGGGAAACCUUGAAAAACUGUAAUCCACCAUGCGUCCCUUAUCUGGGCAUGUACUUGACAGACCUGGCGUUUAUUGAGGAAGGAACCCCAAACUUCACUGAAGAGGGUUUGGUCAACUUCUCAAAGAUGAGAAUGAUAUCCCAUAUUAUCCGUGAGAUCCGACAAUUCCAGCAAACUCCAUACAGAAUUGAGCACCAGCCGAAGGUCACACAGUACCUACUGGAUAAGGCCUUGAUCAUGGAUGAAGACACACUGUAUGACUUGUCUCUAAAGAUCGAACCCAGGCUUCCUGCUUGACCUGCAGACUCGACAUGAGACCCCCGUCUACCAAACAUGCUUCUCUUUCACAGGCUUUACUGACGCCAUGAUGAUUGCUGCCAUGGUAAAGCGUUACCAGUGUGGAGAGUAAGGACUAAAUGUAGAGCAGAAAGUCAUCGUUUGAAGUUUGCUGAAGAUCAAUUAGACCUGAGCUCACUCCAUUGCCACUGUGUUGCAAGUCAAGGACUGUGAGUGUUCAGGUGAAAGCAGUGACCACGUGGUGAAGAAGAGAAUGGAGAAGAAAUGUAGCAUGUACAGCAGCAGAACUCUGUCCCGGAGGAGAGUGGUUCAAGUACUGUUCUUUCAUAGCUCAUGCUGGUAACUUUGUGCGUGUUUAAGACUGUGGGUUCUGUCUUUCGCCCUCGUCUCUCCAAGUCUGAUCUCUCCGAGCUGCACGGCAAACGACGACAUGCUUGGUACUUCCAUUUGUUUGGCAUUCUGCCAGUCUCAGUACAUUUAUGUCUGUUUUGCCACAGGACAGUUGCAGUGAACCAAAACAGUAGAUUGUUAUCUAACGGCCGAGUUUGUCAGGGAAAGGAUGUGGAAUGUACAGUAGCUCUUGACAGAUUCUAGCAGGUCACAGAUAACUUUUUAUGGAGACGGUGCUUCAUAAAAUGAUGUAUGCUUUGUUUUCGAUCCUCUUGAAUGAUAUCAUGAUAAAUUAUAUUAUACAAAACAAAUAAUUA